AUGUCGUCUUACCAACGUCCAAAUCGGAGAUGUCUCCGGGACCGCCCGGUGGGAUCAGUCCGCCCGUUUUGGUACCGGGAAGUGCUCCACCGAUUCAUUCCGGAAUCUCAGAAUCUCAGAAUCUCAGCAUCUCAGAAUCUCAGAAUCUCAGAAUCUCAAAAUUUCGGAAUCUCAGAAUCUCAGAAUCUCCGGAUCUCAGAAUCUCAGAAUCUCAGAAUCUCAGAAUCUCAGAAUCUCAGAAUCUCCGGAUCUCAGAAUCUCAGAAUCUCCAAAUAUCGGAAUCUCGAAAUUUCGGAAUCUCAAAUAUUCAUUUCGCAGUUUAUCUGA